AUGGACGAGUGGGAAGAUAUACUCACUAACGAUGUAUACGACAUCGAAGAGAUGGUCGAAACCUUUCUCCUGUCCCUCUCUGUGUCCGAACACGCUAACCCAAUGUCCUCAACGAGCGAACAGAUUUUAGAGCCUGAAGUCAAUAGUAACAUCGAAUCAGCAGGAGGCAACGCGCCAGUUAGUCACGAGGAAGUCGAGGGAGCUUCAAUUCAUGAGACCGAAGCUUCGGGAAGCGCGCAAUCCGUCACUAACAGCGACAAAACUGUGUCAAAUGCCGAGAACCUGCAAAAUAUAGCGUGUAACUCUGUGACAGACGAACUGGAUUGCCCAAAGAGCAAAAUUAAUCCCAACCUGUCAUCGCCGCAAUCUUUCGACACCUGGAUAGACAAUUUAAUUGAAUUUGAAGAAACAGUUCUACCGACUAAAGUGUCUCAAAUGUCAAUCGCGGAAGCUUUGUACAAAUUAGAGUCUAGUAAGGAUAUUCCUAGUAUUGUACUUAUUAAAUAUGACGGAAACCCGCUUACUUAUGUUGAAUUUAUCGAGCGUUUCAAGCUACACAUUCAUGACCGGCCCCAUCUGUCUGACGAUUUGAGAAUGGUACAACUAAAAAUGCAUUUAAUCGGAAACGCCGAACGCGCUAUUAGUGGUCUAGGUUCGCAGGGAACAAUGUAUGCGACAGCGCUAAAAACAUUAAAGGAACAAUUCGGCCAGCCAAGCGUCAUUGCUAGAGCGUACAUAAAUAAGCUAGUAGAGAAACGGAAACUCCAGGGUGACGACAGACAAGCGUUGCAAGAAUUCUCCUUUGAUGUGGUAAACUGCGUAGCUACGUUAAAGCAAAUUAAUCACCUAGCAGAUGUCAACGCGACCGACAACCUACGCAAGAUCGUGAAAAGGCUUCCAGAUCACCUUAUUGACAAAUGGAAAGGUGUGGCAUCUGAUCUCAGAGAGAAGGGGGUAACGCCCUCCCUUCAACAUAUAAGCAAUUUCAUCAGGAAACGCGUAAAGGCCGAAUUUGACCCGGACUUUGGCGACAUUCAGAAAUCAGAUUCUCGACGUUUUAGACCAGAUCGAAAGGGAAUUCACUCGGGUCAAAGGGAUCCAAAGAAAUCGGGAAUCCAGUGUUACGUAUGUUCCGAAGACCACCGUGUAGCAUAG